AUGGCCCCAGUCGGAGCCGCUGUGUACGGCGCCUGUGAACGGGACGGACACGACUACUGGCACUCUCAGUGGAAAGAAGGUGGCGCAACGUGGCAACAGCAAAGCGUGACAAAGCUCCUCAAAGACAACAAGGAUGUCGUACUCGCCGGAAAGACACAGGCGCAAGUUUUCCUCCCGCUCUGUGGAAAAGCGCACGAGCUCAAGUGGUUCCUCGACCUGGGCCACAGCGUUGUUGGAGUGGAGUUCAUCGAAGAUUGCGUGAGGGAGUAUUUCGCUGAGAACGGCCUUGAACUCCAAGAGUCAAUCUGCACCGUCAUCGGCUGCAAGGUCUUUCAGACACCUGACAGAAGGCUACGAGUGUUCAUUUGCAGUAUUUUUGACUUCAGAAGAGAGUGUGCCGGUCUCAUGGACAUCGUGUGGGAUAGGUCCGGAUUCUCGGCCAUAACUGAAGAAGACAGAUGCAGAUACAGUGCAGUGCUGAAGUUGCUGCUGGCGCCUGGCUGCUCGUAUGGCAUGUGGACGAUUUGUUACAACGCACCGUGGUACAAACUGAACCCCCGAAGCGUCACUGAGGCAGCGCUGUUGGAGCACUACGGAGACAUCGCGAAGCCCCUCUUGAUCGACAGUUACAUCGUGGACCAUGAAGAAUUCAUCAAUGGGGCUGGACCAGUCACCUACUCUCUCUGGCACAUGAGCACGUGACGAGCCUCUUCAGAGCCCAACGUCCGUGGCGCCAUAUUUCAGACCCUUAUCGCACGAGUUAGUCCAAAUAAAGGUCAUCUCUUUUACA